CACAAACAUUAUUCACACACACACACACACACAACACACACAUAAUACAGUACAUGAACAAUAGCCCUGUUCUGACCAUAUACCCCACAUCCUCCCAGAUAUUCAGUGGAGAGUCUGUCACUCUCAGAUGUAACAUACAGAGGGGAGAAGUCACUGACUGGGAAUACACAUGGAGCAAGGAUGAUGUAGCCACAAUCAAUAGGAAUCAUGAAUAUGAGAUCAGUGAGGUUAAUAUUUCAGACAAUGGUGACUACAGGUGUGUGGGUUCACAUAUUGAUCAGAAUAAGUAUUCUGAGUGGAGUGAUGCAGUCAGACURACGGUAACAGGUAUAUCAUCUUAUCUCUCAAGUGCCUCCAUGCCCAUAACUGUCACUCUCAGUUGUAACAUUCAAGGGGGAGAAGAGAUUGAGUAUGCUUUUUAUAACAGUGGGAAGUCGGUCUACACGAAUACAGAGCCUGAGUACAGAAUCAGUCCUGCAAAGAAUGGUCUAUAUACCUGUGAAGGUCUUCAGAAAACAAAUGGCUUAAAACACUCCCAGACAAGUAAUGCUAUACAAUUGACCGUGUUAGAUAAACCCCAAGCUGUCCUGAGUGUCUCUCCUCAGUGGCUGAACCCUGGAGACUCAGUUACUCUGAGCUGUGGGGUUAAAGAGUCAUCUACAGGCUGGAGGUUCUUCUGGUACCGAACURUUCCCUACACAGCUGGGUUACUGUCCCUAUCGGACACGUCCUACUCUGUAGAGCCUCUAUCUGGCAGUGGGACUAGUGAAGACUCCUACACUCUGAUCCCUGCUGGUCCUAGUCACACAGGAGGAUAUGUGUGUAGAGCUGGGAGAGGAGACCCAGUCUAUGACACACUCUACAGUGAACCUCAGUUUCUCUGGUCAGGAGAUCCGCAACCAUCAGUGUCUCUCACAAUAAGACCUAACAGAACUCAACACUUUACAUUAAAGUCUCUCUCACUAAGCUGUGAGGAGAAGAGGAACUAUACUGGAUGGAGACUGAAGAGAUACAGAGAGAAAGCAGUGGAGUCAGAGUGUAGCUCUAACUGGGGAUCAAUAGCAGGGUCCACAUGUACCAUCAGGUACCCAUACACAGGGGACAGUGGAGUGUACUGGUGUGAGUCUGGAUCAGGAGAGUACAGUAAUGCUGUCAACAUCACAGUGGAUGUUGGCCCUCUGAUCCUGGAGAGCCCUCCCUAUCCCAUAACUGAGGGAGAAUCUAUGACUCUCAGCUGUACAACUGACUCUGUACCAGACCCCACACAGUUGAACUCGUGUACCAGUGACUUCUGUACCCCACAUACCUGUACCUCACCCCACACUCUGAUGACCAGUACCCCCAACAGUGAUUCUGUACCAGUACCCCACACAGUGACUCUGUCCCCCACACAGGACUCUUGUACCCCACACAGUGACUCUGUUACCCCACACAGUGACUCUGUACCAACUCAGUACCCCCACCACAGUGACUCGUGUACCCCCACAACAUGGACUCUGUACCCACACAAUGACGCCGUGUACCCCCACACGAUGACUCAGUACCCCCACACAGUGACUCUGUACCCCCACACCACAGUGACUCUGUACCCCCACACAGUGACUUAG